AUGCAUAGUCAAAAUUUAUCAUAUGCAUUCUUGAAAGAGGAAAUUGAAAAACAGAAUCGUAAAAGUAACUUUUUACAUUUUGAGACAUUCCGGACGAAUAUAAAACGUGUGCCAAUCACAAAUAAAUUUUGGAGUAAAUAUGAGUCAAAAGUGGAAAUAUUGGAUGAGAAAAAGCAUCAGGAUUAUUUGCAUAAAAUCGAAAAAUCUAUAACUGAGACACCAAAGGAUAAAUAUAGUGAACCGAUUGUAGAAAGUCAUGUUUAUGGAUGGAUUAAGCCUUUUAUUGAUUACGAUGCUCGUGAUUAUGAGUUGAUGAAUCAUCCUAGGAUUAGUGGUGACAUAACAAGAGUUGGGGAGAAAAUUGCUGCCGAAAAGAGCACAGAACGACCAAAAUAUUCAGGAGUUCCAUUUAAACUUACAUAA